AGCAUGGACCAAGCCGUGAAGGACAAAGCCCUCCAGAGCAUGGCCUCCAUGUCCUCGGCUCAGAUCGUCUCUGCCACGGCUAUUCACAACAAGCUCGGCCUGCCAGGGAUCCCGCGCCCAGCCUUUCCUGGAGCAGGGUUAUGGCAGGGUAUGAUAUCGACUGGUCAGCCAGGAUCCUCACAAGAUAUUAAGCCUUUCACCCAACAAGCUUAUCCCACCCAGCAAGCAGUCACAACAGCCAUAUCAAGUUACGAGCCCACUACCGCUCCGGGUCCCACAGCACCAGCAUGGCAGGGCCGCUCCAUUGGUACAUCUAAACUCCGACUGGUGGAGUUCUCUGCCUUCCUAGAGCAGCAGAGAGACCCAGACUCAUACAACAAGCACCUAUUUGUACAUAUCGGGCAGACAAAUCAUUCCUACAGUGACGCCCUGCUGGAGUCAGUGGACAUUCGUCAGAUUUAUGAUAAAUUUCCAGAAAAGAAAGGAGGACUGAAGGAGUUGUACGGAAAAGGUCCCCAGAAUUCCUUCUUCCUUAUAAAAUUCUGGGCUGACUUGAACUGCAACAUUCAAGAUGAUACUGGAUCAUUCUAUGGAGUCACUAGUCAGUACGAGAGCUCAGAAAACAUGACCAUUACAUGUUCGACAAAGGUCUGCUCUUUUGGCAAGCAGGUAGUUGAGAAAGUUGAGACUGAAUAUGCACGGUUUGAGAAUGGACGCUUUGUCUACCGAAUAAGCAGGUCUCCCAUGUGUGAAUACAUGAUCAACUUCAUCCAUAAGCUAAAACAUCUACCGGAGAAAUAUAUGAUGAACAGUGUGCUGGAAAACUUCACUAUCUUAUUGGUGGUGACGAAUCGGGACACCCAGGAGACGCUGCUAUGUAUGGCGUGUGUGUUUGAAGUUUCAAACAGUGAGCACGGUGCCCAGCAUCAUAUCUACAGACUGGUAAAGGAAUGAGAGGCUCUGGGCUUCCCCUCAGGCCCCCCUUCUUUUCAUAGACUUACCAACCUCAAAACAAGUGGCAGUGCCUCUACCUGAAAGUCACACCUACAAUGCUUUUUGGUCAUGGUAUCGGGUGAAGUCAGUUGUUAUAAAUUUGUUUUAAUAAGUGUUUGUUAUUUGACUGCAGCUGUGAAUUGCGGUACAGUUGUUUUAUGUUUAAAUACGGGAAUUCACAUUUAAAAUAUGUUGAGUUGGUCUCUUUUGGGUAUAAAUGUGGCCGUUCUUAAAGAAUUUGCUAGAUUAAUUUGAUAAAUGGAAAUAUGUGUGUUGUCUUCUUCUGCUUUGUUAUGUAGACUAAGAAAAAAAAAAAAACGGAUGCUGGCCUUUUCUACCAGCAGCCUGAUGUGGUCUGUGUAAUAUGUUUGAGUGUGUUUUUGUAUGUCUGUAGUUCAUAAUUUGUGAGCAUACAUACUGUAGAUAUACAGACAUGCACCCACAGCCAAUAGAUUUUCCAAAGAAACAAAACUUACACAACACUACAUAUACAGUAGCUGAAAGCAAGUGGUUGUUAAUAUUGCAAAAUUACUGCUAUUAAAAAAAAAGAAGGCUUUCAGAAGUAUAUUUAUCCCCGUUGAAGCACUCCAAGUCUUAGACACUAAGAGCAGAAUGAAUGCACUGUGAAAAUACUACAAAUAUUUUGCCUGCCUCUGUUCCAUAAAUGUGGGGAAGUCUUACCACCUGCUAAGCAUUUCUGUCGUGUAAACGAGUCUUUCCUCUGUGACAACUGAUAAGAGAAUAUUUAAGUUUUGGACAGGUGAAAGUACUGCUAAAAUUACUCUAACCAGACUCUCAUCUUGUCCAAAAGCACUUUGUUCCCCUUCCUGGACUUGCCUUAGUAAUGCUUUUUUUUUUUCUUCCAGUUAGAUCUUCGGUAUUAGACCAGUUUAAAUAAUCAUAAGACUAUAAAUCACUUGUCGAUAGCAGGCCUAGUUCAGUAUGCUGUGGCUUAGCCCCCUCAAAGACUCAGAAUAUCUUUCCCCUCUGGGAUGGCGGUGUAAUAACUCCAAGCCAGAGUGUUGCUGCCUUCAUGUUCACACUAUUUCACAUGUUUCUGUGGCCUAAACCGAUCCUGAGCCUUAAACAUGUUAUAGCUGUGUGUGAACUCCAAAAAUUGCCACUAAAACUGUGAUCUCUACGUGGGAAGACUCUUUAUACGUUUGCAUUGUGUAAGAAAUUCACAAUACAAUCUGCCAAAGUGUAAGUGUACAGUGCCUUAGAAUAUAUUCUAACAUUACACUUUGCUUUGUUUUAAGUCUCAAAUCAGUUUCGUGGAUUAGACAGGCAAAAAAUGACUCACCCGUAUAUUGCUCGGUACAUCUCCACAUCUGAAAAAUUAUGUGUCUUAUAAUUGGUACACUCCUAAAAAUAGUUUUUGUUGUUGGUUUUUCAGAGGCAGUAUACUUGUGUUAAAUUAAGUUUGCAAAUUUAAGGUCGAAAACAGUCAUAAUACAGGUUAUAUUUUUCUCUGACUCUGUAAUAUGUUCCUAAAAUAUCAGCCUUUUUCUGAGAGUGUACUAUAAACACAGACCGACUGCCUUUCCUGUUGUAUAAGACCAAAAAUACAGAUACAGUCAAUCUUUUGUUAUGUCCUGCAUGGUAGCAAGGAAGUGCCUUUGGUUUAAAAGUUCCAGCUUCAAAAAGAUCAAACACAAACUAAAAAUGAAAUGUUGCUAGACCAAAAAUGAGACAUAAGUGAAACCAAUCACCACAUUGCCUUUUCAAAGGAUUGUAAUGACAGCAGGGGAAAGCUGGAUACUGGUAAAAUAAAUAAAUGAUAUAUCCGUUUUUAUUACUUUGAAAAUUGAUUUCACAAAUGAUGUAUUUGAAGAAAACCUAUUUCUUUGCUUGAGGUCAAAGACUGAAAGACCUGCUGAUAACCUACAGCUGCUGACUGCACGCAGGAUGUCAACUCAAACACUGCAGCUGUCUGCUUCGUGCUCACUUGCAGGUUCAAGUGUUUUGGUUUUUUUUUGGUUUUUUUUUUAAAGGUUUUUGGAAGCAUUAGAGUUUCCUCUUAGCCGUGACCACAUGCUCGCACGAUGUGAAAACCACAGAACACUUCAGACUUUCUCAAUGUUACCUUUGACGACACAACUGUGAUGUCGACGAGGCAGGGGCCGACACAAGCUUUUAUCGUUUAUUAUCUCUCACAACGAAAAUUGAAAGUUUAUUUAAUGGUAAGAAUAGUAAGAACAAUUUCUAGAAUAAAAUUUGGAACGGUUUUAAUGUGGCUCAAUCGGAAAUUGUUUCCAAAACCUGUUUGAGAUACUGUUUCAAAAACUAAUUUUUCACAACUGCUAGGCUGGACGAGGCCGUCGAGGUUAAUAUACUUUUCACUGUAAGAACCAUGGAUACUCAGACAUUUACUGUUUCUUACAAAACAAAUUAUAAUCAUCUAAAAGUAUUUUAACCGAAGAAGCGCUAAAUAAUUGCAGACAAUAUCUCUGGUGGAUGCAGAUAAAGUUCAAUCAUUCAGUAUUUUUGCCACAGUCCUGUGGACUCUGUGGACUUUUAAUAGGCUUUUUCUUAUGUUUACCCUGUGUAUCUGUUCACAUUUAUUGAUUACUUAGUGAGAUGUUCCUGUUUUCUUAUUGUACUUGUAUACAGUUGUACUUGGUUUUGUGAUGACAUUGUCUGUAUAUUGCAAGCCCAAUAAGAUGGUAAUGAUGUUACUGCUGCACUGCUGGUACAUUUUGACAUGUUGUUUCAACACUUAAAAACAGCAGGGCUGAUGCCUUCAGUGGCAUGAAUGUCUGGUGGACCGUUUGAAGAAAAAAAUGGACCCACACACAAACACACACACAAAAAUCAGCUACAUCGAGGAAUCAUGCUACAAACAUAUCAGCAGUUUAGCUCUUGUUAUUUGUAAUUCUGUCGAAGAGUAGGUACUGGUACCUUUUUUAUUUUAUGACCAUUUUCAGAUGGUGGCUUUAAAGUGAUUCUUCGCAUAGCUCACAUAUAGUUGUCAUACACACAUUUGGGUUUUGUGCGCAGAUGUUUUUUUUUUUUUUU